AUGAAUCUACUACAGUAUGCCGGGAGGCUUUAUUCUCUCGAUACCCUCGAUACCAGGUUCACAUCCUUAUCCAAGACUCCUCCUUCACGCAUUGAUCCCGCAAGACCCUCACCAGAUGAGGCAUCCUACAAGAAAGGCAGAAGCGGAGCCGAUGAGCUAGCUAAGGGGGCAUCUCCACCGCGAUGGAGGUCUCCUGAAUUCAUAUACCAUGGCUUGGUCGUCUUCCUAGCUGUUCCGCUUAUGUUCAAAACGGCCUACGAUGCCUCUAAGCGUAAGGAUGCAUUCGCUUCCCUUGGAGCUCCGCAGACUGAUGUGGUCGGUACAGCUUCUCACCAGAAUUACAACAAAUUUUCUCCUCUGCUAUCUCCUGGCUGGAUCCCAGGCCGCAAAAUUGAUAAUUCAGAUCAGCAGUAUGCAACUUUUAGAGACAACGUACCAUACCUCUUCAUCGUUAUGGCACUACACCCCAUUCUACGGAGACUCUUCGAUUCCAUCUACAGUACAGCGUUCACUCCCUCCUCAAGAUCCCUACCGAAUGGCAGUGAAUCGCCAGCUGGCUCAGCCUCAGAAUCCCUCACGGCCGACGGGCGAAUGAAUCAACGGAUCUCCUUUGACGUGGGCUUCAGUGUCUUAUUCCUGCUCGCUCUGCAUGGCUUCUCGGCAAUAAAGGUGUUACUGAUACUAUACAUCAACUACACUCUCGCAACGCGGCUGAAGAAAGAAUACGUGCCCGUAGCCACGUGGUUCUUCAAUAUUGGUAUCUUGUUCGCCAACGAACUUGGCAAGGGCUAUCCGUACAGCGACAUUGCAAGCAUCAUUCUCCCCUGGUCCGCUUCUUUGGAGAAACAAGAUGAGCAAGAUCCAAAAGGUAAUUGGGGCACCGUCCUUGACAGCUACGGGGGAUUGGUUCCAAGAUGGGAGAUUCUCUUCAACGUAACAGUUCUACGACUGAUCAGCUUUAACUUUGAUUACGUCUGGAGUUCCAAUCGAGGAGCUAGUAGCCCAGUCGAGAAGAAACAGCUCGAUCCUGCAAAUCUGUCAGAGAGGGACAGGGUCGACCUCCCGGCAAAACCUCAAGACUACUCUUUUCGCAACUACCUUGCUUAUGCUUUGUACUCGCCUCUCUAUCUCGCAGGACCAAUUUUGACUUUUAACGAUUAUAUUUCACAACAGCGAUAUACCCCUCGAAGCAUUACUCGAAGUAGGAAUCUGCUUUAUGGUAUCAGGUUUUUUAUUGCGCUUCUGUCCAUGGAGGUCAUGAUUCACUUCAUAUAUGUUGUAGCAAUUUCUAAAGCGCAGCCAGAAUGGCAGGUAUACACGCCGCUCCAGCUGAGCAUGUUGGGCUACUUUAAUCUUCACCACAUAUGGUUGAAGCUUUUACUACCCUGGCGCUUCUUCCGACUCUGGGCAUUGCUUGACGGCAUCGAUCCUCCCGAGAAUGUCGUGCGCUGCAUGUCCGACAACUACUCCACUUUCGCGUUCUGGAGAGGAUGGCAUCGUAGUUUCAAUAGAUGGAUCAUUCGCUACAUUUAUAUCCCAAUGGGCGGGAGUGGAGGACCAGGAACCCGCGGAAUCUGGGGUCAAAUAAGAGGAAUAGUCAACCUUUUGGCCGUUUUCACCUUCGUGGCAAUGUGGCAUGAUAUUCAGCUAAAAUUAUUGCUGUGGGGAUGGCUGAUCUCGCUCUUCGUUCUCCCGGAAACCUUGGCCGGCUUCCUGUUCCCAAAGCAAAAGUGGAAGGAUCACAAGGAAGUGUACCGAUUGAUAUGCGGAGUGGGAGCUGUUGGGAACAUUAUGAUGAUGAUGUCGGCCAACCUUGUGGGUUUUGCUGUAGGUCUUGAUGGACUUAAAGGAUUGGUGCAGGGUAUUGUCGGGUCUUACUCAGGCUUGGUAUUUCUAGGAUUCGCUUGCGCGGCUCUUUUCACAGGGGCGCAAGUUAUGUUCGAGCUUAGGGAAGAGGAGCUACGGCAUGGAAUCCACAUGAAGUGCUAG